AUGAACAAGGAGACCGGUACCAUUCCUCGCUUUCGGCUCUCUCAAGGUGCCUACAACCUGCUAACGAGACUGAAGGAAGAAGAAGUUGCGGCAUCAAGACGCCUUGAAAUUUGGAAUGACGAAGUCGUUCCCUUCGAUGAGCAGCCACCUCCUUCAUCAGAAAAACCUGCGAUAACCCAGUUAGACCCUCCAGGCGUUUCCGCCGAUGGAAGAGUUGUUGAGGAUGAUCGUCGCCAACAACACGCUUCCAAGAAGUCAGCUGCCUCUACUGAUGCGGCCACCAAGAGCAAACGGGCCAGCCAGAAGCACAAGCAACCUUCUCAUGCGAUGAACGCUUCAUCAGCGUCACGGAUACACCAUGCAAGCUAUGAGAAGAUUCUUUAUGCUAAACCGUACAAUCAGAGCCAACAUGCACAAACACAAGCAGAAGCAAAGGGGUCAGCCACAGACAAGUCCAACAGCCAACUGAAAGUCCCGUCAACGUUUCUCUAUUCAGACGUCGGACAAGGUAAAACGAUCAGUAGCUACAGGAUAUCCACUCGAGAGACAGGGAGUAUUCCCGCCGCCAGAGAGACUCGAGGCAUCCCACGGGUCAUUGAUUUCCAAAUGGAUAAGCACCUUGCGCCCACGGCGACAACACAACGAGACAGCCAACACGAAGAUGAUUGCACUGGUGCGGGAUGCUCUCUUUCGGAUUGCCCCAAACGAAUCAAGGUAAACUUUCUCAAUGAUGACACCGCUUAUAUGACGUUUGGUCGGAGGAUUUCAUUGUGGUUGAUGCAUCGCUCUGCCUGGUACAAUCCACGCUUGGGGUGCAGUGGUACAUGCCCCCAACAAGACAUGAUCAAAGAUGGUGGUCGCUAUCGUUCUGCAGAUGGUUACCCUCGUAGCCACAGCUUUGAAGAACGACCGUCUUUGGAGAAAGCGUGGGCAUACUUUGAACAUGUAACCCUCACACGGCACUUUCAUGUCCCCAAGGAUGACAGCUCGCCUCGUAAGCCUCUCCCCGUAAGGAUAUUGCGAAGGGUCUUCUACAAAGGUGACAAACAGCUCGACAGAGCAGAACCUGGGGAAGCUGAUCGACCCACACGAUUGUACCACCCCUUCUUUACCCCCAACAAGCAACUGGGAGACUUUGGAUUGGGUGUUGGCCUGUACUUUGCUACCAUAAGGGGGCUCACGAUAAUGGUGCUGUUGGCAGGCCUCUUGCAUAUUCCCAACUUCAUCUACUUUGGGGGCGCAACCUACAGUUCUUAUCAGCAUGAUGUCAAUUGGCUUCAAAAGGGAUCUGCCAUUUGUACUGACACACAGUGGGUACUAUGUCCCACUUGUACCAGGCAGGACUACCCGGCAUCCAACGAGGGUGAGACAUGGGUUUACGAUCCAAUUCACGAGGUUGCUUUUGUGAAGAAGAACUUGUGCGACGGAGCUACACUGCAGCAGGGUUUUGUCAACUUUUCUGGCUUUAUCUUCGUAUGUCUGUGUGCCGUUUUGUUGAGCCUCUAUCUGAAAGCGAUGGAAAAGACGUUUCACGAUGAUGAACAAACUUCACAAGACUAUUCCAUAGUUAUUGAAAAUCCGCCCGCAGAUGCAAGAGAUCCUGAGGAAUGGAAGAACUUCUUCAAGACUGCGUUUGAUGCGCACGUCACGGCUUGCACAGUUGUCGUGAACAAUGAUAGAUUGACUGUCUGGCCAGGCUUCCCUGAGAAUCUUGCGCGUCUGGCAGUCUUGACGGCAAAAGUUCAGGGUCUGGCUCAACAAGAGUAUCCGGUUACCAAGGUAUUCAUCACAUUUGAGACCGAAUCGAGUCAACAGGAAGUACUUCAUUGUCUCACAGUAAGCAAAUCUCAAGCCGCAAGAAACAAGCUGACGGCAGUUGCUCCAAACCACGUCUUUCGAGGAAACCACCUCUUAUACGUGAAUCUCCCAGAAGAACCAGACUCCAUCCGCUGGGAGUACUUGAAUGCAACGAAAGGCAAUCUCUUGAAACAACAGCUUUUGACUUUUCUCGCAACUGUUGGGGCGCUGUUUUUUGUGGCCAGUCUGGUGCAGGUGGUGCAUCAAACGAAUGCAAUCUUCACAGCUUACACGAUCGCGUUCAUGAAUGUUGUCUUCCCUGCAUUUGCAAAGUUAUUGACACGAUUUGAAGCCCAUCCAACCCAUGGUUCUCUCCAGACUUCGAUGUACUUUAAGAUCGCGCUAUUCCGCUGGGUGUCCACUGCGGUUGUUAUCACUCUGAUUACUCCUUUCACGGAUACUCUUCGCAACGGGAGCAAAGGUCUCAUUGUUCAGAUCCAAGCGCAGUUUUUUGCAGAGAUCUCGACGGUGGCCGCCCUUCAAAUUUCCGAUCCCAUCGGUCAAGUUCGACGACACAUUCUCGCACCCAGAUUUGCUAGAACACAGGACGAAAUGAAUGUGCAUAUGCAAGGCACUCAAGUAGAACUCUCGGAGCGGUACACGUCCAUCUCAAAGCUGUUGUUCUUGACGUUCUGGUAUUGUUCCAUCUUCCCGGGGACGUUCUUCAUCUGCGCCCUUUGUUUGCAGGUCAUCAACUUUAUGGACAGGUUCAGCCUAACCAGGACUUGGAAAAGGCAACCUCGCCUUGGUAGCAGAAUAUCAAGGUUCAACCGGGCAUAUUUCCUUCCAUUAUCAGUCGUAGCCAUGGGGAUCAUGUCAUCGUAUUUCUGGUCCGGCUUCCCUUUUGACAAUCUUUGCGAGGUGGACGGUGCCGUGACAUCCAAUACUACGCUUCACACUGUUGCUUUUUCGAAGGCAUCAGGUGGUGGCAGCUUGGACUACUAUUCGAUUCUUGACUACUACUAUGGCGCCGAAAACAAUUCCACUCAAAACGAAAUUGACUACUAUAUCAACAUCACAGUCCAGGAUGGAGCACAAAUCUAUCAACACUGCAACCAAGAUAUGCUUCGAACACCCGGUCGUCAAACCUACCCGUUUGUUCCGAUCUUUCAACAAGAAGGCAAAGAAUGGAUGACAGAGGAGCAGGAGAUUGUGACAACAUACUUUGGAUGGAUCGCUUUCUUCUUGUCAGUUUGUUGGGUCCUGAUCAUUUUUUUCACUUGGGCUCACAAUCUAGUCUUUGGCUACUUCAUAGCGGAAUAUGAGCCCCACGGCGACGACCAGCACAUAAAUUUCAGUGAAUUGGAGGCUAUCAACGUUUACAUCCCAGAGAUCCACAGUUCAGUGAUCGCUUAUCCUCUGUUGGCUGCCAAUGUGGACGAAAUUGACCCGGAACUAUUUGAAUGGACAGACUCUGAACAUCCGCAUGCCUACUACGACCUCACGAAAGAUGCAGAAGCCCUUGUCAACGAUUGUGGCAACAGUAUAAGUGUGAGGGGUGUAUUCUCCCAGGUGGCUCAUUGGCCACCAAACAAGGAAGAAGACGGUUCGACUCUGCCGUCCCGCAAAACAGUCCACUGA